GUGAGCGUGAGAUCGGGGUGGAGGAGGUGAGCGAGGAUGACGGAGUCGAAGGACGCGAUGUUGACGAUGGCGACGCAGGCGCCGGUGACGCUGGAGAGGAGGAUACGGACUGACCUGGAGGAACACCUUCCUAAGCCUUAUCUGUCGAGAGGAUUAGCUGCUCCGGACGUGUAUCAUCCUGAAGGUACAAAAGAGCACAAGCAUCAUCAUCUGAGUGUUCUUCAGCAGCACGUUGCCUUCUUCGACUUGGAUGAUAACGGGAUCGUGUACCCUUGGGAAACCUACGCAGGAUCUCGAGCGAUCGGUUUCAACCCUAUACUGUCAUUGAUCAUGGCAAUUCUAAUCAAUGGAGCCCUGAGCUAUCCAUCUCUUCCGGGUUGGAUUCCGUCUCCCUUCUUUCCGAUAUACAUCCACAACAUCCAUAGAUGCAAGCAUGGCAGUGAUUCGGGAACUUUUGAUGCCGAAGGAAGAUUUGUCCCCGUGAAUUUUGAGAAUAUAUUCAGUAAAUAUGCCCGGACAGAUCCCAACCGGCUUACUUUUGCUGAAAUGUGGCGAAUGACAGAAGGCCAACGAGUUACCUAUGACAUCUUUGGGGGGAUCACAGCGAAGUUGGAAUGGUUAAUCCUCUACCUGCUUGCCAGAGACGAGGAGGGUUUCCUGCCAAGAGAAGCCAUCAGGCGAUGUUUCGAUGGAAGCUUGUUCGAGUACUGCGCCAGCCAGCGAGAGGCAUACGAGAAGACAUAUUAGGCUCAUCUUCUGUAGCAGCAGUGUGUUAAUAAUUUCUUAGUAAUAAUGUUCCUACAACUUCUGGACGCUGGUUGUGAGCAAGUGUUUGUAAUUUUAAAUGCUGCAAUGUUGGGAGUCUCUGUUCACCCUCUGAGAACGUCCGAGACUUUUCUCGAUGUUAAUAUUCUGAGUCCUCUGGAUUGUGUUUAUUAGUGUAAUCUGUGACGCUCGGAAGCUGGAAGCCAUGUUAAUAUUGCAUCCAUGUUCCUAACCUUUACACAAGAAAGAU